AUGCUUAAUGAAGAAAUAUAGAUUGCUUGUCCCAUUCAUAAUUAAGAAAUCGUUCUACUUGAUAUUCAAGAAGGUAUUCUCCUAGGAGAAAGGGCUUGCUGUAAAGAAUGUCACAUACGAAAAGCAUAUAGUAUCACUAAAGCAAUACAAAGAAUCAAUGCGUUAAGACUAUAAUAAACUUAGUUUAUCAAUAAUAACAUAGAGUAGACACUGGCAGAUAUAACAUAAAUAGAAAAAACAAUAAAAGAAUUUUGGAAAGAAAUUGAAGUUGGUUUUCUUGAAAUGAACAAAUCUUUAGACAAUUAGAAAGCAAUUCUAAAAGGGUAAUUAAAUGGUGAAAAUGAAAUAAAGAUUAAAUCUUUAGGAGAUCUUUAACAACUUGGAUAAAUGAUAUUUGAAUUAGAAAACAAUAAACUUAAUCAAUAAAGUGAAAUCAAUCAAGAAGAUAAUAAUCUUUAUUAAAGUAAUCUACACAAUCAAUUAGAUUAGAUUUAGAAUAUUGUUGAGAAAUAUUUGACUACAUUAAAAGCCACAAAAAUUAAUCAAGAAUUAUAGGUUUUCUUUCGAAAUAACUAUUAAGAAAUUUAAUCUACUUUCUUGGAAAGAUGGGUUGAUCCUAUUAUAUUUUUAAAUGAUUAGUUAAAGGCAGUAUUAUGUGAUUUUGCUGGAGUUCUAGAGCUCAAUUUUGAGAAUAACCAAUGUUUAGUCUAGCGUUUAAUAUAGAUGUAGAAUAUAACUGGAAUUUAUGUUGGAGCUGAUUUAACUUGGAUAGUAACAGCAGGACAAGAUGCAAGAAUAUCAAUUUGGCAAGCAGACAAUUAGAAUUGGAAAUUGAGCUAGUAACUUUAAGGACAUCUUCACUCAAUCAAUAAAAUGAUAAUUAAUAAAACUGAAUCAUAGGUGAUAUCUGGAGGAUUAGACAGUAAAAUUGUAAUUUGGAAUAAGAAAGGCUCUAAAUUAGAAAAACAUGCCUCUUUAAAAUAACACGAGAAAAGCAUUACAAGUUUAGCAUGGAGUCACUCUGGAACAUAUUUUGCUUCUGGAAGUUCUGAUUAAAAUUUGAUUGUUUGGAAAUCUAAUAAUGGAGCCUGGGAGAUAUUUUAAAAGAUUAGCGAUAAACAUCAAGCUAUGAUUUCUGACAUUAUCUUUGAUAAUUAUGAUAAUAUUUAUACUGCAGCUGAGAAUGUUAAAGUAUGGAAAUAAGAUAAUUGUCAGAAAUAUCUGCUUUCAUCAAUUGUUAAAACCUUCAAUGAAGUCAAAAAAAUGCUGUUCGUUUACGAUCACUAAUAUUUAAUAAUUUUACAAAAAACCAUAGAAAUCUAUAAGGUUAUGAAAAAUGAUAUAGUUCACAAAUAAUCAAUAGAUGACGAAUAUAAUAGUGUUGCAGUUUCAAAGGAUGGUUAAUAUAUGAUAGCUUAAAAAUAUAAAAAUCAAUAAUUACAAUUGUUGAAAUUAUAAGCGAUGUGA